GGAGACGAAAUAAAAAUGAAUAACGCAGGUAAGAACGAAAUAAAACAACAGUUCUUACAUUUUGGCGAUCAAAACAACAACAGAAACAGACUCCUCCCUCUCCUCCCACCUGUAACAACAGUAAAACCCACCACCCCAAAAAUGCAAAAACCACGACAAACUCAAACAUCAGCGCCACCGUCAAUAACACCGUCCACCACCACCUCUAAAACCUUCAAAUCAAUGGACGCCAAACAAAUUAUAGACGUCCUCCCUUCUUACAUCUCGCUCUACAAGAAUUCAUCUUUUACCAGCCCAAAUCCGAGCCCGAACUCAGAAAGGUCCGCAAUUCUGAAAUGGUUCGCCACCCUCUCUACUCCCCAGAGGCUGGCCCACCUCACCAUGGUGGACCCCACUUUCAGCCAGCUCCUCCUCCGCAUGCUCUCCUCCCUCCGUCUAUCUCCUCAUAUGACCUUCUUCCUCCUGCCGGACCUCCCCUCCGCCGAUUCUCUCCCCACCUUGUGCACUCGCCGAUCCCGCGGCCUACUCGCUCGACUUGCUGACUCGAACGAGUCGGCCCGCCUCCUUCGAUCCUCUCUCCUCCUCUUCUCCUCCUCCGAGUCUCUCAGCUCCUCUUCUAAAGCGGAAAACCUCGAUACAGUGACGUUUCGCGAGGGGUUCGUCUCCGAUUUCCCCCGCUUCGUCGAGACGAUGGACCGAGUUUCUGACUCGGGGUUCUUAACCGGGUCAACUCAGGACUGGGCCGAACUGGGGAACGAGUGGCCCGAGUUGGGGUGGUUGAAGGCGAAAGGGUAUUACAGCCUCCAGGCAUUCGUGGCCAACCGAGUGGAGGUGGCGUUGCGGCUGGCGUGGGUGAAUGGUAAUGGUGGAAAGAAGAGAGGGGUGAAGUUGAAAGAGAAAGCAAGUAAUGCAGUUGGGUUGGGGGCAAAUGUGUAUUGGAGGAAGAAAGGGUGUGUUGAUUGGUGGGAUAAGUUGGAUGAUGGGAUGAAAAGGAAGAUGUUUCGGAUGGUUUUAGGGAAAGCAGCAAAAUCUAUGACCGGUGAAAUCUUAAAAGGCGCUGAUGGGAUCACGAAGGAUGGAUUGUGGAAUUUCGGUUUAGCAGAGGAGCAGUCUUUGAGAUACAUAGAUCAUACUGCAUCCACUGCAGAACAUUUACAAAGACGAACAGAAUUAGGCUUGACAUCCAAUCCGGUUUCUUCUUCUUCCAAGCCACCUACCACAUUAAUGUGUGCCGUUAACAGACUGUUUGUACUUCAGGUUAUUAUUGAAAUGGCACUAACUUGCCCCCAAGAUGACUUCAAUAAGGAGAAGAUGUUUUUCAGCUCUUUGGAUUCUGUAAAUUCAAUUGCAGAUGGCAUAUUAAGGAAAUUGAGAGGAUUGCUUAUGGUUGUUUCACUUGAUUAUACUAAAUUUGAACUGAUGAAUGAGGAAAACCAUAAUAUUGUGGCAAACAAAUCAAAGGAGAAGCAGCCUGCAAUUCAACGUAAGAAGGGGAAGAAUCGUAAUGCCAAAAAGGUUAAUCCAUCUUUGAAGAAUUGCAAUAAUGACUUUGUUCUGGACAAAAAUCUCAAGGAAAAGAGCCAAAGGUCAACUCCGGAGAGGUCACUAACUUCUCCUGCGAAGAAGGGAAAACAAAAUAAAAAGAAGUUGCGUGGGAAGUCUGAUGCUUCGAGUAAAUUCCACAACACUUCCGCUGGUACACAGACUGCUUUCUCUUCCUGUAUCAGCACUCAAUGUGGGGAGGAGCAUAUUUCAACAGACCAUUCCUCUGCUGGUAUGAAAAAGUUUCCAAAUGACACUUGUUUAAGUUGUCGGAAUAUUCAGCAGAAGUCAACUCCUUGCGACUGUAAAAUUCGUUGUACAGUGGACGAUUUGUGUAGUUCUGAGCGAGGUGACAUGACAUCUUUUGUGGAAGGCAGACAUAGUCCCAGGAUGGACCGUCACUUGUUUUCGAGCAAGCAGAAGAAUACUGUAGUUUCUAACUUAGUAAUGGUGAAUCGUUCUGCAGAUUCUGAUACAUGUCCUGUUACAGUGACUACAGAGGACUUGCAAAGUGUUCACGAAGCUAAUUCUGAUGGAUACCCUGCCAUAGUGGCUGUAACAGAGUUUCAGAGUGCUCAAAAAAAUGACAAUUGUCAUGAGGACCUUGCUUCCAAUGGCACAGUUCCCAGAUCAUUGAACAAGAUAACCGUGGAAGACAAAAGCAAAACAAUCCUGAUCCGUGAACAAGAUAACCAGAGUAGAUAUAAUGGCGAAGCUGUAGUUGCUGCUUAUUAUCCCUCAUAUGAGUGGCCUACUGUGGCCCCUAAUCGUUUUGCAGGCUUCAAUUCACAACAUAUACCACCAGCUACAGACAGACUGCAUUUGGAGGUUGGCCAUAAUUGGCAAAAUCACUUUCAGCAUUCCUUCAUACAACAGAUGCAUCAGACAAGUUCCAAUAUUGGAGGACAGAUGGGAAGGAUUAUGCCACAACCAUUACCAGCAAGUUUAGAUUGGUCCCCUGUUGUACAGACAUGUAACUAUGAUUCUCCAUUUAUUUCAAGGCGUCAAGCUGGAAAACAACAAAGCUUUACCGCCCAAAGUCCCCAUAAAGGUACUUUAAGUAGUGAAGAAGAAAGAAAAUACUUUGCAGAUUAUUUUGACUUCUCUGAACCGUCAAGCGCACAAGAAUUAGCUGAUGAAUACGAUAGCCAUUGGGUAUCAGAAGAAGAAUAUGAAGUCCAUGCUGUCCCUGGCAAAGACUAUAACCAAUUCUUUGGCAACGGUGUCAUGUAUUGGAAUCCUUCUGAUUAUCGAGGUGCUAGUUUCUCUCGCCCUCCUUCACUUAGUUCGGAUGAUAGUUCAUGGGCUUGGCGUGAAGCUGACAUGAAUAGGACUGUUGAUGACAUGGUUGCAUUUUCAUCAUCUUAUAGUACAAAUGGAAUAAACUCCCCAUCUGCUGCUCCCUUUUGUUCCCCUUUCGAGCCUUUGCCUCCCGGGCACCAAACAAUUGGUUAUGUCAGGUCUGGAAAUGAAGGUAAACUGGUCCAUAGUUCUUCAACAAUGGCAGACUUGGAGUUGGAAGAUAAAGUUCCUGUAUCUUUGGCUGGUAUACCCAGUGAUUGUGAUGCCAAAUCUGGAGAUUCGCUUCCUUACCCGAUUCUUCGGCCUAUUAUAAUUCCAAGUAUGUCAAGGGAAAGGUCAAGAUCUGAGUUCAAGUGUAAUCACGAACUAAGAAGUCCUCGUGUUCCUCCAAAUAGGCGCGAACAUCCUCGAAUUAAGCGCCCACCUUCACCUGUAGUGCUUUGUGUUCCACGUGCUCCCCGUCCUCCUCCACCUUCUCCUGUUGGAGACUCCAGAAAACAUAGAGGCUUUCCUACUGUUAGGUCUGGUAGCUCCAGCCCAAGGCACUUGGGUGUAAGAGGGUGGUUUCAUGAUGGAGCUAGCGUUGAAGAAGCUUGUUUACGUGUUGAUGGUGCUGAAGUCGUAUGGCCGUCUUGGAAAAGUAAAAACUUUUCUGCUCGGAAGAUGGUACAGCCCUUGCCGGGAGCAAUAUUGCAGGAUCGCUUAAUAGCAAUCUCCCAGUUAACACAUGAUCAGGAACAUCCUGAUGUUGCCCUUCCCCUGCAACCACCUGAGUUGGUAAAUUGCUCAAAACAGAAGGUAUCUCUCCCUUUGAUGCACAAUCUUCUUCAUGAGGAAAUUGACUCCUUUUGUAAGCAGAAGGCAAAGCUGCAUAUAAAUGUUUUUUCUCCAUAUUCGAAUGAUCAUAAGGUUGCUGCUGGGAAUUUACUUAGAAGGCCUUAUGUUAAUUGGGCGGUAAAGCGGGUCACACGUUCGCUCCAAGUGCUUUGGCCUCGUUCCAGGACCAAUAUCUUUGGCUCCAAUGCCACUGGCUUGUCCCUUCCAACAAGUGAUGUGGAUCUUGUGGUUUGUCUACCUCCAGUGAGGAACUUGGAGCCUAUCAAAGAAGCUGGCAUCUUAGAGGGUCGUAAUAGCAUAAAGGAAACAUGUUUACAGCAUGCUGCUAGGUACCUGGGAAAUCAGGAAUGGGUAAAAGCAGAUUCUUUGAAAACUGUGGAGAAUACAGCGAUCCCCAUUAUCAUGCUUGUGGUGGAUGUUCCACAUGAUAUUGUGACUGCUGCUGCGCCUAGUGUGCACAUUCCUUUAAGGGAACAGAAUAAGCUGAAUGAUGGUCAAGUUGCUGAUCAGAAUGAUACUAAUCGGUCAGACAGUACUCCUCAACCGAAACGGUCAGAAGCUACCAGCUGUGACAAAGAUUCUACAUCAGUUCGUCUUGACAUUAGUUUCAAGUCACCCUCGCAUACAGGGUUGCAAACAAGUGAAUUGGUUAAACAGCUUACAGACCAGUUUCCUGCAACCAUUCCCCUGGCUUUGGUGCUUAAGCAGUUUUUAGCAGAUCGCAGCCUUGAUCAAUCGUACUCAGGGGGCUUGAGUUCGUACUGUUUGGUUUUGCUGAUAACACGUUUUCUUCAGCAUGAACAUCAUCAUGGCCGGCCUAUUAAUCAAAACCUUGGGAGUCUUUUCAUGGAUUUCCUUUACUUCUUUGGAAAUGUGUUUGAUCCUCGACAAAUGCGUGUCUCAAUACAAGGGAGUGGGUUGUACAUAAAAAGAGAAAGAGGAUGCAGCAUUGAUCCAAUAUAUAUUGAUGAUCCUCUCUUUCCGACAAAUAACGUGGGGAAGAAUUGCUUUCGGAUUCAUCAGUGUAUCAAGGCAUUUGCAGAUGCUUAUGGUACUUUGGAAAAUGAGUUAACCUGCCUUUCAGCUGAGGGUGAUGCAAACAUGACACAGCAGUACCGACUGCUUCCAAAGGUCAUCCCAAGUAUAAGUCCUCCAUAGGGGUUCCAUCUCAUAGGUUUCAAUGGCUCUUGUGGCUCACACUUCUACUCCUUCAGUUCUCCUAUUUCCCUCCAGUGCUUGUUUGAGUGUUUUGCUUUAUAACCUGGAAAGACAUACAUGUACUGGAGUUAGCUGAACCAGACCCGAGAUGUCUCGAGGCAAGGUUGUCUACAAUUAUGCAACUGGUAUCGCCUGAUUGGAACUGGUAUAUACAAACUUGACCAGAUAUCAAACAGAUGCUUGGUCAUUCAAUGUACUCGAAUGGUACUGCAAAACGCUAGCACACAUGCUUUGUUCUCAGUGGCCAGUUGCAGGUUAGAAGCCAACAUUUCUCCAGACUUUUUCAACUUCUGCAGGCCACUUCCCAGUUCCCACCUUGAUCUUUUUAACUUUAUACUCCGUAUGAAAUUCUCCAGGAAAAGAAGUCAAUUAAAAUUUAGGCAAGUUUGUCUGGAAAAGACCUUUUAAAACAAAAAAAUUCACUCUCUCUCUCUGAGUUCAUCUUCUACUCUUUAUCAUUGGAUUUUCGGGAAAUGAGUCCUAUUUUGUUGGAAAUGUUGAUGAAGUGUCACAGAAGCUGGUCAGUUGAUUUCAGUGAAGGCUGGCUAUGAGAUUUCAAGAAGUUGGAGAAGUCAUUAGUCGACAUGCUUCUAUGUCAAGUUUCUCCAUGGAAAUAGAGUGGUUGACCUCCACAAUUGAAACAAUGAUCAAAUCAGGGGUGGGGCCGUGGGGCACGAAUAAUGUAGCCUGAUGGUCACUGCAGAUGGGGAAGCGCGGUGCUAAGUUUGAGCAUACUCUGCAAAUGGGUUGACAUCAACCAUACUUGUAGGGGUGCAAAUUGGUGGAUUAGGGACUGUUAGACGCAUUCAAAGUCGCACUAGGAAGAGUGAUUGCCCUCACUUGUGGUAUCAGUUGUGACCUUUUAUCUCUCUCAUCUUAAGCAAUAAACUUGUGAUUUCUUUCCUUUGUAAUUCUUUCGGCUUGGUAUUUUCAAUGGGGGUAUAGUUUGGAGAAUUCUUAAUGAUAUUGUAAUUGGUAUGGUGUAACAUAUUGUAAAUUACUUGUGAAUUUGUUAUUUUGGUAAUAUUGUAUAACCAUUUAUUGACAGCUUUAAUUAUUCUCAUCUUAUUGUAAUAGAUCGUCAUAUUCCUCA